UUUCCGGACGGGCAAAUCGUUCCUAUCAUCCAUUUUUCCUGACACGCGCAAUGGAGAAGGUAAGGCCAUUUUGUUCGAAGGUUCGACGUGGCGGCCGGGUUGAGAGGCGUCUCGAGAAUCAACAUGAUUAUUCUAACUGUGCUACCACUAGUACUGGUAGCAUUAAGUGCAUAUUCUACACAUGCAGAAGUCUCCCUAUCCACAAAUUCAUACCUGUCCAUAGCCGAUAAAGCUCGUUUGAAGAGUAUCCUUGAGCCAGGAUUUCAGUUACAAGAUAUAUCCACUGUAUACUAUGCUGUUAGUGGAUAUAAGCUUCUUGGAGAAGCUAUACCAAAAACAGAUACUAUCUGCAAGUAUUUGAUAAAGUCCAAUGGAGAAAAUAUUAGUCCUGAAACAGCAUUCUAUCUUGCCUCUAUAUGGAAAACUAUUGCAAGUUGCCAGGAGUUUCCUACAAGUAUUCUGACUAAGAUAUUGACAAAUGUUAUACAAAAAGAUACUUCUACACUGUCUGAUUUGUACUAUGCGGUGAGUGGCUUAACAGCUUUGUCACAGAAGGUACCUGCUGCCAGAGUUGACAAAUUAAUCAAAAUAAUACAAGCAGCUUUGCGAAAGGAUGAUGGCUUAUGGAACUCAGGCUACACAUUCCACAUUGCUGCAGAUAUAGGCACUCCAGCUGCAUUUGCUUUCGACCGCAUUGAAGAUACUGUAGUGCAAGCUGACGAAGUGGAUGGCCAAUAUAUGCAGUUCGAGGGUGGCCUUUCCAUUACGAGUUUUCUCGUCAAUGGUAUUCUCAAAUUGUCGACUUCGUUGAACAAGAAACCACCAUUAAAUUUCCAACAAAUUGUCAAGUUCAGCAAUUAUCUUCUUUCGCGGCGUUCUGUGCAAACCCCGAAAGGUGUUAUGAAUUUAUUGUCUGCUUUAACUACUCUGGCCGUCGAUAGUCCUGAGAAGCCUAUUUGCAUAACCUUGCUUGAUGGAGGAAAUAGUAUCUCCAAUCAGCAACCAUUGGUCACGGUCAAAGUUUGCGAUAUUCUCGGUCAAGCAUUGCCAACUGUGCCAAAUGUUGUUGCAAACUCUGCCAAAAGAGUAGGAGACGAUGUCGUUAUAUUGAGUAAAGAGAAUUUGCAGCAACUCUCAACUGACAAAACUCUGUUCACAAUGAAUCUUAUGAAUGUUAAACCUGAUCGCGGUUUCUACAAGAUUUCAAUAACCGCAGCGUCUGUCACAAAUUCGAUUACCAUAAAGGUUUUAUCUGAAACUGUAUUGGAUUAUUUGGAAAUCGGUACUGGCGAUGCUGACCAAACGACUCAACCAAAACUUACGAGGAUAAAUACAGAAUCGCCUUCGGGUAAACUCGAACACAAAAUAGAAGCAGAUUCUCAGCAGAAACUAGUUAUGCGAUUUUUGUUAAGAGAUUCCGCCAAUAAGAAACCGAUGCGCGUGCACCAAGCCUUCGUACGUCUCACAUCUGUUGCUGAAUCCACCAAUAACAAACAGCGUGGUCAUGAAAUUUUCUUCGUUGCUGAACCUGACGCUGCUCAUGUCUACAAAUUCGAUAUGCCAGUGGGAACAGCAGCCGUGAAUUUUGGUUAUCAGAGUGGUGAUUAUGAUGUAGAAUUGAUCAUUGGCGAUGCGGUGAUCAGCAAUCCAUUCCGUUUCAACAUAGGCACGGUGACAUUGAAGUUCCCCGAGAUAACUUCGAUGGAAGAUACCGAUAAAAAUAUCCCUUAUAAGCAAAAACCAAAUAUGUAUAUUACCAAGCCAGAAAUAAAGCACAUGUUCCGCGAACCCGAACGUAGACCGCCUGCCUUUGUAUCAAACUUGUUUACGGGGCUGUGCUUGUCACCGGUUUUGCUGUUACUGAUCUUAUGGGCUCGGCUAGGUGUCAAUAUCUCAAAUUUCCCGCUAUCUCUUAGCGCGAUUGCAUUCCAUCUUGGAUUAGGAGGUAUUUUCAUACUGUUCGGUAUUUUCUGGCUGAAGCUCAAUAUGUUCGUCACGCUGCGGUACCUUAUCGCUCUGGGCGUAGUUACAUUCCUCGCUGGCAACAAAAUGCUGUCUCACAUAGCUCAUAGGCAUGUGUCGCAACGUUAAGCUGUGUUUGUACGUGCGAAGACUUUGAAUAUCGUGUUGCGGUUGCGAUUGACAGUGCAAAAGAGUGCAAAAUAAAUAGAUAAAAGACUGCCGUUCGUUUCAAGUGGCCGAUACCUAGAAAAACAUCGUUAAGCUCUUCUCUCUUUUUCACUUGCCACAUAUGUAGAGUACAAGAUAUCGUAUAUUUUGUUAAUUGCAUUUCUUUAUUAUUGUUUAACGGUGUGAGAGAACAUAUUGAGAAUAAACCUUGUUUUUAUAUUCGCGCUAAUAAUUAUAGACUUGUCGAUGAGAUCGUUGAAAUUUAUCAUCUUAGCCUACAAAUUUAUAUUUCAGUUUUGUAAAGCACGAUCAUAAUGGUAGUUUUUUGAAGAGAAAUAUCUCUAUAAUCUUUAUAUCGUUAUAUUUUCUAGAAAUAAUAAUCAUCCAAAAGCAAAGAAAGCGAGUAAAACAGCAAAUGCUAAAUUUUACGUUUAUAUUUAGAACAAAUAAGUUAUAUAAAAUUUUAUAUGUAUAUGCUAAGGCUGCCAUUACAAUUGCAAUAUCUUGCUUAAUGGAGUGGUGAUAUUAAGCCUGAAGCUGUAUUAAAAAAAACGUGAUAGAAUACUGUUUUUCUCAGAGGUGGAAACAUCAUUAAAUUAUUUUAUACUUUA